UCCCGCUGGAACUUCCACGACCAUCCUCCCCUUUUUCCUGUCAUCCGACUGCAUACAACAUUAACCAUUGCAUCAUGGCGAGCCGGAGACAAUUACGAGAGCCUGCUUCUCAAGCGGGGCCUGCUGAGCAAGGGAUUCAAAUCCAGCAUUUCUCCGAGCGGAUCACAGUCUGGCCCGAGGAAGACUGGUCCGGGAUUUCGGAUCCGAAACAUCGCAGAAAACUGCAGAAUCGGCUGAACCAGAGGGCACUACGCCUCCGCAAAAAGCAGGAUGCCCAAGCCACGCCUAGUAAUGAGCUCAGCAACGACGAUAGCCGCUCAUCUGCUUCGGGGGCUAACGCCUCGAGAAAGGCGUCACCUGUCACGGAGAAUGGCCACUUGGAAAUUCCCAGUGUCCAGUCCAAUCCACACAACACGACCCUGCGGGCUCUACCAGCAGUCGGCGAAAUACACAUCCUAGAACCCCACACACCCGAAACGAAACGCAUCCUGCGCCAGUUCGAAGCGAUAGCACACAGUUCUUAUGCAAUGGGUUCGCCCCGCACCGACAUGCUCCUCCAUCUAAUCCAAUUUAACUUCAUCAAAGCUCUGAUCCGAAACAUGGACGUCCUAGGCCUCACCUCAGACCAACUAGACGACGAGGCAAUCUCCGCAUUCAACACAAUGGGCCCGUAUCAGCGUGACUCCGACUCCACUCUCCCCCUCAGUCUCCGCGCCACAGAUAUCCAGUGCACGAUACCCCAUCACCCGUGGUUGGACCUCCUGCCAUUUCCGCAAAUGAGAGAUAAUCUCGUCUCCGCCGGCGAGUCGUUUGACGAGACGCAGCUGUGCCUCGAUAUGAAAGGGUAUGGAUACUCGGAUACGGACCAUACGGGGCUCAUUGUCUGGAGAGAUCCGUGGGAUCCAGAGGGGUGGGAGGUUACAGAGUCGUUUGCGCGACACUGGGGAUGGGUUCUGCGGGGGUGUUGGGACCUGUUUCGCUCGACCAAUUCUUGGAGGCUGCGACGGGGUGAGAGGCCGCUUUUUCAUUGUCGAGGUUGAAGUUGGGGAUGAUCUAAUACAUGGCUAUAUAAACCACCUUGAUGUGAAUAUGGUAGCGGCCACUUUCAGAACCAGGCCUUGAGGCGGGGGCUUUGCUGCAACUUGCGCACUCGUUAGGGCUCCUUGUGCUGUAGAUAAUGCAGUGAUUUCCAAUAUGCCAGGUUCCCACCAUCAUGUCUAAUAUUUCUCUUUCGUAUCUGUCGCGCUAUACACCUUAGUGAAUGAGCAAUUACUGGAGUUGAUAAUCUUGUCAGUAGGCCCC